AUGUCAUUAACUGCUAGAAGAACAUUCUUUCAAGGCUUUUUCAAAAAUUGGUCAAGAAAGUCCAUUUAUCCACCUUCAAGUGAUCUUAUAACCACCAACAAUCGUUUAUAUCCGUACUAUUUCUCCAGUCAUAAUGAUUUACAAGAUAUCAUAAACAUCAAACAAAGCUUGCUUUUACAUUUCACCGUUCAAGCUGACCCCCAAUAUAAUAAGUCUACUGAAUUGUUAUUCGAUAUCUUAGCCAGUAAAGAUAAAUAUCCUUUGGAUUCUUACAAAUAUCCUGUUCAUCUUGCCAACAUAUCAUGUGAUUCCUUCGAAUCUAAAGACUUAAUGUUAACUUAUGGUGUGAAUAAACUCCCAACCUUGGUAAGAUUACACAAACAAAUCCCUGUAGAUAUUUAUAGUCCAGGAAAAGAAUUCAAUGAAGAUGAGUUACUUGAUUGGUUAAAGAAAAUUGAAGAAUAA